AGGUCCGGCCUCUUCGGCCUGCCCCCGUCCACCCCGCUGCCCCAGGCCGAGCACACCCCUGUCAACGGCUGCCAGGGUUCAGCCCCUGCAGAGGGGGACACAGAGGCAAUGCAGCUGGGGACGGUCCCCCCACCGCCCGCCUGCCCCGAGCCACCCCAGCCCCUGGCGCCGCCACCGCCUGCCGGAAGCCUGGCCCCGUUCCCGCCGUACUUCGAGGGCGCCCCGUUCCCACCUCCACUCUGGCUGAGGAACACGUACCGGCAGUGGGUGCCACAGCCGCCACCCAGGACCAUCAAGAGGACGAGGAGGCGCCUGUCCCGCAACCGUGACCCGGGCCGGCUGGCCCUGAGCCCCAUCUGCCUGCGGCCACGCCGCGUCCUCUGCGAGAAGUUCCCCGCCGCCGCCCCCGCCCCUGGCGGGCUGGCAGACGUGUCGUCUGGAAGUUCUGGCGAGGACGAUGACUGCAAGAAGUGUCCCCAGGGUAAACAUGGGCGUGACGGCCUGGCUUUUCUCGCCACCUGCCCGAGGAGCAGAACAGACUGUGCCAGUGAGUCGGUGUGGGGCAGCGACAGCCUGGACGAGUCCAAAUCGUCCAGCUCAGACACGUGUGACCUGUCCUCUGGCGAUGGCAUGCCUGGGCCGUCCUCGUCCAAGGAUGUGGGCCAGACGGUGCCACCCCUGACCGUCAGGCUGCACACUCAGAGCGUCUCCAGGUGCAUCACCGAGGACGGCAGGACCGUGGCCGUGGGGGACAUCGUGUGGGGUAAGAUUCACGGGUUUCCUUGGUGGCCAGCGCGUGUCCUUGACAUCAGCCUUAGCCAGAAGGAGGACGGGGAGCCCUCUUGGCAAGAAGCUAAAGUCUCGUGGUUUGGUUCUCCGACUACGUCGUUCUUGUCCACUUCAAAACUCUCCCCCUUCUCUGAAUUUUUCAAACUGAGAUUUAACCGCAAGAAGAAGGGGCUGUACCGGAAAGCCAUAACGGAGGCCGCCAGCGCCGCACGGCUCGUGGGCCCGGGAGUCAGGGAGCUCUUAACCCAGUGUGCGACGUGACGGGCUCCCGGGCAGGUCACCGACGAUGAGGGCAUGGCUGUUCUCCCGGAGCUUCUGACGCAGGGGGUGUCCUCCGUCCUCCAUGGCCCCUGCAUGCCUGCUGGCCGGCCGCGCGCAGAAACAUGCCAGGCCUGCCCGGCUGGACGUUUGUUCCCGUGACCCAGACUUCAGCUUCCCCAGCGUGGAGCCGCAGGAGCCUGGGGACGCCCUCGCUGUCACCUCGAGGGCUGGGAGGGUGGCCCUGGGCCCGUGGGCUCUGUGUGGGGCAGGCAGGGCCCUUGUCACCACACAGGCCCCCCUGCAGGCUUCCCGGGGGCUGAGGGGGGUCCUUCCUUCCCAGCCAUCAGGCGUGGGGUCCCCGUGCACUUGAGAACUGGGGAACCCGCCACCACCCCCCAUUCAUCCCACAGCUCGGCUCCCACUGGGCGCCCAGCACUCAGCCUCCAGCUCGCCCUGUCCCCAAGAUGCUGCCGGAGGCGCCUGUAUGUGUGCAGGUGACGAUGGCUGUCACUUUGAAAAGAGACUUAAACGCAGAGGAAAACACGCCACUCCUGUCUGUGACAGUUCCGUCCCCCUUGAAAGAGCCCAAAGAAGAAGGAAACAGCACGUGCCCGACUCGUCCCCCUUUCCGCGUGGACGAGGACAGAGAGCUCUGCGGGCCGGGGGCCCUGUUGGAGGACAGCCCUGGGGCGGGGUGGCCGCGUGGCCCGUGGGCGCCCCUCCUCCCCCGGGACCCGCCCCACCCUGGCGCUGCUGCGCAUGGGGCGGUGGGUCCCUCGAGGUCGCCUGGCAGCGUCCGCACAUGGGGAGCCCCGCCCUCGCUGCUCCCUCGGAGAGCCACCCCCCGACUGGACGGUGGCGGUGGCCUCCCCUUUCCUGCUGUGACUGGAACGCGCUGUGUCGUGAGGUGUCACCGCCCCAGGGAGGACUGCUCCUGGCCAGGGGCUGUGUGCGUGGUGGGGCUCCCCUCCUCAGCGUCCUGGGGUCCCGGCUGGCCUCUGGGGCAGGGUGCACAGGUUGUAGCUGUCAAAUACGGCAGCAGCAGAGCCCUUUCUGAGACCCCCAGGGGCCAACCCAGUCCAGGCCCCUCAGCCCGAGACCCCUCAGUGUCCAUGGGUGGGAGGGGGACCUCGAGUGAGUCCAGGGAGGGGGCUUCGGAGGGAGGAGAGGUGUUCUGCCCUUCCUCUGCCACCUGCCCGGGCCCUCCUCGCCCCGCUGCCGCGUGGGUCCGGCAGAGCCAGGGCCCCAGCUCGGGCCAGGCAGGAAGGGCCAGCCAGAGCCCACUCCGAGUGACAGCUCGCAGCUGCCCAGAGGCCGCCCUGCCUCGGAGCCGGGCUGGAAGGCCUGUGUCCUGGGCAGCUCCUUUGGGAGCAGGGGCUGCUCUGGGGCGUCCCCUGUGAGCUGCUUGGACAAACGUAUCACAGACAGAGCGAUCUCGAUCAGGUUCCCGGAGGCGGACAGCGUGCAGCCCCUUUGGGUCGAGGGGCGGGGCCAGCCGGUCAGGCGUGAGGAUGGCAGCAGCACAGGGGUGGGGACCCAGCAUCCUCGGACCAGCCCCAGGGGCCGUGAGGGCUCCUGCAGGGUUCACGGCAGGCUCCGCCCAGAGGAGCCCCGGACCGACCCAGCCAGCACACUCCUGAGGGCCGACCUCGAGAUGCCCUUCAGGCCAGUGGGCUCCCCUGUCCCUCAGCCAUCCUGGCCUUGGUGGCCCAGUGCCGCCUCGUCCUGCUGGGUGCUCUCCUGUCCUGGCUGGGCCACAGCCGCCCGCCAGCUCCGACCCCCGGGACAGGCUGGCCUCGCUGAAGCCCUCAGGUGGGUGGGCAGCCGGGAGGGCUGCAUGGACCCGCUCCAGCUCUCCAUCCCACCCCCACCCCCGGCCGGGGACACUGGCCCUGGGAUACAGGGACAGACAGCGGUUCUAAUGAAAAGGGAAGGCAGCUUUUUUCCUUCUUUUUUUAGGGCUUUGUGACUGUUUCUUUAAGCAGCAAAUCAAUCAUGUUUCCAUGUCAAUUUGAUCUCGUGGUGCUCACGCCGUA